GUUAUGGGAGUCAGUGGGUGCUCGAAUGGCGCCUUCUCUGUGGCUGCUACUGCUAUCCAGGCGUUUCUAGUGGUGGCCCUUGGUGGAUGCGAGGCCUUUACGCUGCUUAGCCUUCCUGGGGUUUCGAGCGUGCCACCAUCCCUGGUAUCGGCACCCGGAUCAGCAUCAUCGUCAUCGCCGCAGCUACAGGCCUCUACAAUCAUGGGCGUGCGGAAAGAAAUGCCUCUCGACCACAGCAGAACAACGAUUGUUUUCGCUCUCAGAAAUGGGGAUCGAUCGAGGAGAGCCAAACUAAACAAGACAAUGUUCGUGCUGAAGGGGACGAGACUGGGGGCAAACGCAGCGGCCGCGGGGGGGUCAACAGAGAAGGCGGGAUCAUCAAAGCUCGGUAAAGGGGGACAAAAGGCGCGGGUGACCGUACGGCGGGCUAGAGAGCCGGACUAUCAAGGAGUCGCGGAGAUACGCGGGGUAAUCAUCCCCGUCGGGAUGAGCGGGGCGACUGGGUUUUUGGGCGGCAAAGUAGUCAUUGACGAUCCGGCGGAAGCCGAAAGGAGGCUUCUCAUGGCAAAGGUCGCAGAUCUAGUGAGUGGGGAAUCCGUGGCGCUCAUCGCCCUGGAGGGCCAACGCAUUGUAGGCACCGUGGACUGCAUCAUCCGAUCGGCUGCGGCUACCGUGGAUACGUUGGGACAACCCAAACAGCAGCCGGAGAUUCCCAAGGCCAAUGAAGUGUUCCUGAAGAACCUGUUCGUGCUUCCCGAACGAAGAAGACAAGGGAUCGCUAGGGAGCUCGUGAACGGAGCAGAGGUGUUCGCGAGACAAGAAAAAGCACGGACGGUUUGUCUGGACGUUGCCCGACAAAACGAUGCUGCUCGGGAGUUGUACUUGAGCUGUGGCUUCGAGGAGGCUGAACGACCUGGGCCUAUCGAGGGGGGCAUGGGAGGCGCGCUUCUUAGAUCGCUCGGAAUGGGGAAGAAGUAUAUGGUCAAGGGCGUCUGACGUCGUGUUGUUGUCGUAGUGCCUGCGAUCAGUGGGUGGACACCGAGAGUAAUCGGCCGAGUAGGUUGAAGAAUGUGCGCGUUCGAUCGGCGUUUUGUUGUCCCGAUGCGUGGGAAGAGGUUUGUACGUCGCCAAGCGUAUCUGACUGGACGUGUGCGUCUUACGAACACUCCUUUUCGGCACGGAUUCAGCCAUCUUCCGUAACGUGAGCGAUACGAAGGCCUUACGUUGAGAGGCCCAUGUCACAUAUGGUCAUGCCCUCCAUAUCAUCGCCAACACAACUGUAGAGGCGAAAUUGGUGGAUUUUCAUGCUUCAUGUACAUGGCGUUUUUUGUACGUUCGUUGAGCCACACUGAUACAUGGAGGGCAUGACCGACACGUGAACGGGUCUCUCGGUGUAAUGGCCUGAGGCGCUUGUUGGCGUCGAAGAGUUCCAUCAACUGCUGCGUAUUGCUGAGUAAAGGUUCAAAGCUGGUGGACCUCCACUUUUAACGUACUAAAACCCGUCAAACUCC